AUGACCACGUCAAGCAUGGAGCCCAGCACCGACCUCGAGAAAGGCGAGCUCCGCCCUCUUUUGGCCCCCACCACCGAGCACGACGCCAAUGAAUUCGCCGACGAGCCCAUCGACGCCGCCAACGAAGCCACGACGGCCUCGCUGCUGACGACCAUCGCGACCAGCACGUCGCUGCUGUGCUCGGCGCUGCUCAUCUCGCUCUACCGGCACCCGCUGUGGCUGCAGCGCCUGCUCGACCUCUCGCGCAUGCCCUGCUCCCACCCACAGCACCAGCCCUCGCACUUCAUCACCGAGAUCCCCCGCCCCGUCUUCAUCGCCGCCUGCCUCAUCUUCGUCGCCUCCGCCACCAUGCUCUACCUCCACCGCCGCCAGCGCGGCGACAUGCACCAGGACGCCCUGCUCGCCGCCGGCGUCCUGAUGGGCGUCACGGCCGGCCUCGGCCUGGGCUUCGGCGUCGAGGACGUCGUCAGGGUCGCCGGCGUGUGGGCCGUCAGCGCCGCGCUGGUCGGCAGUGCCGUCGGGCAUGAGGUCUUGGCGCUCGUCACGGCGGGUGAGGAGGAGGAAGAGGUCGAUGGCGAUAUGGAGGAGAUGGUUGGCAGGAGGGGGAGCGUCAUGUCCGCCGUUGCCGGCGAGUUUGGCGGUGUCUGGAGGGAGAGGGGCGCGCGGUCAUGA